CUCGCACAACGCAGACACACGUGCACGCACACAUGCGCACACACACGCACACCACCCUACUAGGCAGGAGCAGCACAGUGGGAGAGCCUGCUCUGGUCACGGGGCCCUGGCGUCACCCCCUCGACCUCACACAUGCACCCUUGCAGCAUGACCAACGGCGGGAAGAGCACCUUGACCAACCGCCUCCACAAAGCGCUACCCAACUGCUGCGUGAUCCACCAGGAUGACUUCUUCAAGCCCCAGGAUCAAAUAGCGGUUGGGGAGGAUGGCUUCAAACAAUGGGACGUGCUCGAGUCCCUGGACAUGGAGGCCAUGCUCAGCACAGUGCGCGCCUGGGUGAAGGACCCACGCAAGUUCGCGCGCGCUCACGGCGUCAGCCUCCAGCCCAGCGCCUCAGACACCCACAUUCUCCUCCUGGACGGCUUCCUACUGUACAGCUACAAGCCCCUGGUGGACAUGUACAGCCAUCGCUACUUCCUGACUGUCCCGUAUGAGGAAUGCAAGCGGAGAAGGAGUAACCGUAGUUACAUGGUCCCUGAUCCCCCUGGCCUCUUUGAUGGUCACGUGUGGCCCAUGUACCAGAAGUAUAAACGGGAGAUGGAGCAGGACGGAGUGGAAGUGGUCUACUUAGAUGGCACGAAGUCCCGUGAGGAACUCUUCAGGCAGGUUCUGGAGGACGUUCAAAACAGGCUGCUGAACCGGUCCUAG